UUGUGGAACCCUGAACUCAAGUGUGGAAUUUUUUCGUUUGGUUUGAUUUUGUUGUAAUUGCUUGCACCUUGAACUGAAGUGUGGAAUAAACUCAUCCCCAACGUGGCUACUCUUCUCGCUGAUCCGCACUCACCAGUUACCAUUCCACACCACACAGACCGCCACCAAAUUAUUUGUUUCCAGGGAACCCUGAAUCAGACCAUCCCACACCAUCUCCUCGUAACCUAAUUAGUGCUCACAACAAGAUGCAAAAGAGAAACCCUAAACUAUACCUCUUCGCAUUAUGCACACAGCGCUUAGAAAAUCGUCUCUAGAUGUUGAUUUUGAAUGGGUUGUGAAUCUGUGGUGAUUGAAGAAAUACCUACUGGAUUAAUUAGCGUCUGAUUGUUGGUCGAGAUGAUAAAUCUCUUCAAAUAAUUUGCAGAGAUUUUGUUAACCUAAACUAUCAAACACUGUUUAGUCUCGAGAGUUCAUUGUUACUUGUAGAAUUAUGCUGAUAAUCUUGAAUACCUAGAAUUUUGUGAAAUUGGCUAUCUAUCUGUGUCUGUGUCUAAUGAGUUCCAACUUCCCGCUGGAAGUCAACUCAUAGUUACCUUUCUAACUGUUUUUUAUUUCUUUCAUUUGUAGGUAAAAUCGAUUAGAAGGAAGAAUUUUAGUUGUUGUAAUUGUAUAGGAGCUUGGAUUGCCUUGCUCAAAUUUCGGAGUAGUGACAAAUUAAUUGAAUUUCUUGAUGUCUUCAUGUAUGUGCAGAAAAUGUACACUCUUAAAACAAAACGAGAGAUUUUUGUUGCAGAGAAGAGCAUAGCAGACUUAGAAGGACUAUCCAGUACUCAGGUGUAGUCACAAUUCAUUGCCAGAAGGAUGAUCAAGGUAGAAAGUCGACGAGGUAUACCAAAUCAGGUUCAAGGAGAUUCUCCUGAUAUUCUGUCUCUGUGUCAAGUCUUUGCCGAAAUCUUAGGAAAUGGAAAUAGUAGAAGACAGUUUAAAAUUUGCACGUUUUGAGGAGGAUGAAUUAGAUGGAGAAUGGAUUUGCUUACACGAGAAUCAUAUGGAAAAAAUGAUUCAUACACAAGGAUCAUAUCAGCUAGUACAAUUUAGUUCUCUUGUUAUGGAUGAAUCUGUUGGUGAUUGCCUGAAACCUAAACAAAUUGAUUCUUGUUAUUUUGCGGAGUAUGAAUUAUACGAAAACUUAAAGCUGGAAACCAAAAUUUAUCAAGUUGAGAAGGAGAUUAAGAAGAAUAAAUAAGCUUGGGGUCAGAUUAGUAAAGCCAUAACAGUGAGACAGUUGGAUAAAGCAGACUUGUUAUCACUCUGGUAUCUUUUAGCCAUUGUCAUUGAAUGUGAAGAAAUUUGAAAUAGAUCAUUUGAAUCAAGCUAUAAUGAAGCUCCACACUGAAAUGUGUACAACAAGAGAGAAAAAUACGGAGCUUAAUUGUCAUAUUCGUAGCUUGCAUUCUAGAAUGCAACAUGGGAAAAACACGUUAGUUGAGGAAAAACAUCUCCUUAGGGAGAUUAAACAACUCGAGGGGACGAGAGAUGCAUUUAUUGCGAGUGGGUCAAAGAAAAAGGAUUUCGAUAAGAGAAGGAACAAUGUUUAUGAAGCUUUUAAAUUUGGUUGGGAUCAAAACUUCAGAAACCAGGUUGAGUGUGUAGGAGUGGAGGAUUUGGGUGUUGUGAAAAAACAGAAGCAUUUAACAAGUCAGAGAAUUCAACCUCUGAAGGAACUAGUGAAACGCAUCAAUAAUGAAAUUAGUUUACUGCAAGUGAAAUUGACUGCUACUGAACAGAAAAAGAAUUCAUUAUAUGAGCACUUAUUUGAGCUUAAAAUACAGUGGGAGAAUGAGGUUGAGAAUUUUGGCAAUCUUUAUGUGAACCGACACUUAGAUGUGAAUGGACAAAUGAGGAACCCUGAUGAGAACUUUUCCGCCUUGAAUCUCCAUAAAGAAGACAGUAAAGAUUUGAUUGCCUUGGGUUGUGUCGACUUCCAAGAGGAAAAGGAAAAACUUCAUUAGUUUGAAAAACCAGAUAGAGCUAUACACACAAGAAACAUGGUUGAUUGGGUGAAGUCAAAGGAGAAGAAAAAACAGCUGGCAGAUAAAGCAGUAGAAAAGGGACAUUCAUGGACUCUAAAAGAUGCUGAGAAGAUGUUAAUGGUGAAUUCUAGUCUGACUUAUCCAUUCACAGACGUACACACACGCACGCACACACAAAAAAAAGACUACGGUGUCUCGUAAAUUUGCAGUAGUUUUGUAGUUAAAUAGUUGAUAUAUUCACUUUAUAAUUCAGUGGUUUGAUGCAUGUAACUAUAAUUCUGUUCAGGAGUAUCAAAAGUAUUCAAAGUGGGCAUAAUGCCAUAAACAAGAGCAACUCUAUAGCACAUGGUGUCUCUACUGAGUACUGAGAACUAGUGAUUCCGAUAGAGAGGAGGCUGAACCAGAAUACUCCAAUGUACAUUUAGAGCAAUAUGAAGCUUUAUUUCCCUUAAAGGUAGUGAGUUUCUCAUUGCCGAAAAUCAUGAUCUAGGGGAAAAAGGUUGACUACUCACAAGCGACCAUGUAUAUAUGGCUUCUUCAACGGUUUGUUUCUACUUUACUUGUACUGUUGGAUUAAAUCUUAUAAAUUUUACUGUGAUGUAAUCGUAAAGAAUAACUUGAAAUUUUCUUAUGAAAGAGAAAAAUCGAUUAUCCUGACGCUGUUUAAGUUCCUAGUUUUUGUGUGCUCUGGUCUGUACUGGGAUCGUGGUGUAAGAGGUUUUUUUUUUUUUUGCCUGUAUUAUAUAGU